GUCAUUUUGCGUCAUUUUGCCGGGAAUGCUGGACCACGUGUCCCCUGCCGGCGUACUUGUUCCUCCACGAUUCAUCACUCCUCAUUCCGAAACGAGACAGGGCAGGGAGUAUACGAGCAAGAUGGCGGCGCGGUGGGGAGCAGGCGAGGAGACUUUAACUGCGUGCAAUAUGGAUUUUUUCACCAUGGAUUCCCUCGACGAGACUGCUGUGCUGAGCGAUGGAGAAACUCUCGAGGCUCUUCAAAGCUGCUUGGACCCCUCACUACUUUCGAUGUUUGAGGACACGCCUACGAUAGAGACUAAAGGACUAGACGAGGAAAGUGAAGCCACGCUGCUAACCGCCCUGACCGAGAUCCUCGACAAUGUGGACGACGAGAACCUGUCCCCGUUUGACACCCUGCCCGACUCAGACCUCCUGUCGGGUCAAAAGGGCAGGGAACACUCUCCGCUCAGGAGAUUGCUGUGCCUGUCCCGCUCCCCUCCAGAGAAAGACACACUAUGUAACAUGAGACCUUCAUCAACUGGAAAGAGUUUGCCCAGGAUACUCGCUGACUCUCUCCAGAGGAGCGAUGGGGAGGAAGAGGAAGACGGCUCCUUCACUCUGAGCCCAGUGAGCCACGAUUCCUGUCCUGACAGUGACCUGCUGGACUGGAAAGGUCUCACUCUGCCUCUGCCUAUCACCUUUGAGCAGGAGGAUGAAGAAGGCGUUUCGGUGUGCCUGGGGGACUUGGUCAGGCACAUGCACCCGUACUGUAUGACCAUUUCUUUGGAAAAUGACGAAGGGGAACAGAUGUUGCCUGAAGGAGGAAUCUUACUUGAAGUUGUGGACCAGGGGGAAAAUGGAGAGCCUAUCCUGGCCAUCCCCGACAUGGACCUCCCGGUCUCUCUUGCACUAAAAGAAGAUGAGCUGAAGGAAGAAGACGACGGCGCAGCCUCUGACAGUUCAGAGCAUAUAGUCGUCGAUGAUGAAGAUGAAUCAGUCACUGUGUCGCCAAUGAAAGUCGCAACCCCCGUGACAUCAAGCUUGAAAGAUGAGAUGAUUGUUGUUAGACAGAAAAAAGAGAUCAGAGAGAAAAGCCCCUCCCGGAGGAAAAAGAAGAAGAAAAGCAAGGAGCGGCAUCACCCUGAGCCUGUGGAAGGAAGAGUCCUCAGGAGCGGCCGAGUCAGAAACACAGCGCAGGAAUCACCCAAAAAAUCUGAGAAGAGGUCCAUCAAAGAGAAGAAACAUAAAGUACCAAAAGUUCCUCCUGCCUCAACGCAGACCUCCUCCUCCUCUCAGGAACCUAAGAAACUAAAACACGGCCGAACUGAAACACAACAAGAGGUCGCCACUACAACACUAUCGCCUGUCACUAAAAUACAAGAUGCCACAUCUGUGCCAUCAAAACAGGAAGCAGCUCUGUCAAUCGUCAGCUGUGAGAAGAGUCCACCUGUCUGUUCAAACCCUGAGCUGAGCUCCAAACGGCCUGAAGAAGAAAAACCUGAACAGCUGGAAGAGACCCUCAAAAAGCAGGAAGACUCAUCAGCAGCUCCCUCUCCUGUCUCACCCCCAGUGCCUUCAGAGAGCGCCACAGCUGCUGCUGGUCCUCUCACAGCCCCCGUGACACCACUUAUCAGUGAGGCCCCUCCUCCUGUGGCCCUCGCUGUCCCAGAACCGAAGCCCAAGUCUCUCAGUCUAGCUGAGUACCGUCGGCUCCGGCAGCAGAAGAAGCCAGCCCCGGUGGAGAAACAGGACGACAACAGCACCAAGUGGCCGAGCCUCCCAGAGCUCCCCAAAGAGCUUCCCCCCAUCCCCUGCCUACCGGACCCGACCCCCAAAGAUCUGCGACGCCCCAACCCAGUUGCUGCCAAGAAGGAAGUGGAGGAGGUCAGGCCUGCCUGGCAGCCAAGGGGACCUUGUGCACCCCCCACCCCUGAGGCUCUGUUAGUGCCACCAGCCUACAUGGUAGCCUCAAACAGCAAGGCUUCAGCUGCUACUGCUACCCCUAAACCCCAGCAGACACCCGAACAACCAAAACCUUCUCCCCCUCAAAAUCCCCCUGCUGCUAAUUCAAUGAAGCCUUUACCCUCACAUCAAGAAACCACUGCUCCACCUGCAGCACCAAGUGUCCCUCAGAGCUCUGAAUCUCCAGCCUCUGUUAAACCCACCGCUCAGUUAAUGUCAGCAGAGAGGAAAUGUUCCCCUGAACAUCCCAAAUCUCUGCCUGUGUCUGCAGAACUCACUCAAACCACUACAGAGAUGAUCAAACCUGCUGCUGCUGCUACAGUAUCUGCACCCAGGAAGAUCACUGUUGUGUUCCCAAAGGUGCCUGAGGUCAAAGCUCCUACCUCAUUAAAUACCAGCUCUACAUCUGAUAGCAAGCCCUCUAAACCCACCGCUGAUGGUAUGAAACUCAGCACUCCUCGUGUGGAGCUGCAGAGUCUGAAGGAAGAUCCUGUUGUGCUUGAAAAUAAAGACAAACCCACUACAGCAUUGAAACCCCACAGAGCAAAGUGCCCCACUCAGGAGCUGAUCGAGGCGUUCACCAGUGAGAUCGGAAUUGAAGCAGCUGACCUGACAAGCUUAUUGGAGCAGUUUGAGGAAACUCAAGCCAAAGAGGAGCAAUGUGUGCCGGAGGUCUCUGGUAGAGCAGCAGCUGUAGGAAACUCUAGUGUUGAACUGGCUCCAGAGAAAACGGUUGUGGAGCGUGUGAGAGCGAAUGACCUCUCCAGUACAGCAGCUUUGACUCCUCCAGCCACUCCUCCUCAUCAGAUGUGGAAACCUCUGACCCCUGUGGCUCUACUGGGGAAGAGCAAGGCCUCUGAAGCCUCAAAGUCCAGCCCCUCCAAGAUUAUCCAGAUAGAAGCCCGGCCUCUCCCCUCAGUCAGGUCUCGCACCAAGCCCAUUCCCUCGCCUGCUGCUGCAUCUGUGACCCCGGAAGUAGCAUGCAUGGACCACGACUACUGCCUUCCAGCCAAAGGCACCUCAAACAACGACUCAGGGAAACGCUGGAAUGUCAAACAGCAAACUUUCAUCACCAUCAAACCAAUCACUACACAAACCCCCCCAGCUGCCCCGUCAUCAUCUACCCAGUCUAACGCAAACGCUGCCGCCACGAGCAAAAGCCAGGUUACUCUCAGGGAUCCGCUUGAUAACAGGACUGAUAACGUGGAGAGAAGCUCUGUUCUGGAGACUCCUGAUGCGUCGCCUUCUCGUUCUGAGACUGAUGUCACCGUUAAAGAGGCAAGCUCCAGGGGAGGGCCUUAUGGGAGGUCUUAUCGCAGACACGCUGCCUCUCGCACACCCAGCCCCAGAUCUAGUUGCCAAGAGAGGACUGGAGGCCGGUCAAGAAAAAGAAGAUCCCGCCGCUCUCCCAGCCCCAUGUCAAGUGGCUCCGUGUCAGACUCCCAUUCCUCUAGAUCCCGGUCUAGAUCACACUCUCCUCCUAAGAAAAGGUACCGGUCCUGUCAUCGAGACAGAAGUUCCAGCUCCUCUUCCUGCUCCUCCUCUCGCUCCUCUUCCCCUGUGUCCCGAUCUCCACCCAGAAGGAGGAGGUACUCUUAUUCCUCCUCUUGUUCUGGCUCUUGGAGUCGCUCCAGGUCUCGUUCUCGCUCUCCUCAGAGACAAACAGAGUGGAGUAGAGGCAGAAGAUUGCACAGCCCUCUACAAAGGCCCCAGUAUGUUGCAAAGAUGAAUACAGAGGAGGUGAAGAGAUGCAAGGAGAAAGCCAUAGAGGAGCGUCGUGUUGUUUACGUUGGUCGAAUCAGGGGAACUAUGACCCAAAAGGAACUUAAAGACCGCUUCUCACUAUUUGGCGAGAUCGAAGACUGCACCCUGCACUUUAGGGAUCAUGGGGACAACUACGGCUUUGUGACUUAUUACAGCACAAAGGAAGCUUUCACGGCCAUCGAGAACGGAAGCAAGCUGCGUAAACCUGAUGAGCUGCCGUUUGAUCUCUGCUUUGGUGGGAGGAGACAGUUCUGCAAGACCAGCUAUGCUGACCUGGAUUCAAAUAGAGAGUAUGAACCAAUGUCAGCGAGAGGCAAACUCAACACGCUAGACUUCGACACUUUACUGAAGCAAGCAAAACAGAAUCAGAAGAGGUAACAUGAGGCCUGCCGCAGGAAGCAGCUGACACAUACCUCAGAGCCAACGGUUGGCUCCUCACCUGCAACACUGUCUUUACAUUUUAGUUGUUGCAUACAGUUUGCAUUUGUUUUUGUUUGUUUUAUUUUGUUUCUGAAAGCUAACACCUUCUAUUGAAGUGAAGAUUUGUAAUGAAAGAAGUAAAAGAAAAAAAAUGGAAUAAAGGAAAUAAUUUUUUAAAAUUUUAUUUAAAUGUACAAUUAAAUUUUGAAUUGUAUGGAGAUAAUCAUUUUUAAAAAGGGGAAAGCAUGUGGAAUGGAACUCCCUCGUUAUUGGGAGAGAUUAGGUUGUAAUACAUUGUGCAAAUGUACUGUCCAACCUAAAUAAAAUCCAAAAUACUAAGUUA